AUGGACGACGAGGAGCUUGAAGAUGUCGUGGAAGCGAAAGUAGACGAAGGCGAGGACGUCGAAGCAAAGCUGGACGACGAGGGGCUUGAAGACGCUGCCACGGAGCUGGAGGAUGAUGUUGGAGAGCUCGAUGCUGCUGCUGAGCUAGAAGUCGUCGAAGGCGCUGGCAGCGCUGAAGAGCUGGAAGACAAGGAGCUUGAAGACGUCGUCGGAGCCAAGCUGGAAGAAGACGAGGAGCUUUGCGCUGCGGAAGAGGUGGACGAAACAAAGCUGGAGGAUGAUGAUGAAGAGCUCGAUGCUGCUGCUGACGUAGAGGAUGUCGAAGAGACCGGCAGUGCCGAAGAGCUGGUCGAUGAGAAUACUGAAGAGCUUGACAAUAUCGGAGAGCUGGAGGAUGUUGUUGAAGAGCUCGAUGCUUCUGCCGGACCGGAAGACGUCGAAGGGCUUGGCAGUACUGAAGCGCUGGAGAGCGAGGAUAUCGAAGAGCUCGAAGGUCCAGCGGAGCUAGAGGACGUCGAGGAGGCCGGGAGUGCUAAAGAGCUGGACGAUGAGAGUAUCGAAGAGCUUGACAGUGCCGAAGAACUAGAGAGCGAGGAUAUCGAAGAGCUCCACGCUACUGCUGAACUCAAAAGCGUCGAAGAGGUCGAUCCUCCUAUCGAGCUGGAAAGUUGCGAAGAGCUCGAUGGAGCAAUGCUGGACGAGGUAAUGCUCGUGGAAGUUGCGGAGCUUAGCAGCAACGAUGAGCUUGACGACGAGGAUGUAGUCGUCGUUGUAAUAUCAGUUCGAGGCAACCCAAUCAGGAUCAAACCAGACUGA